GGCGAGGUUAUAAAAGGGAAGAAGCCGGCGGCGGGCGGAAGUGGGCGGUUCAGCUGCUCUGCGCGCUGUUGUUUGGUGUUUGGGCCUCCCGAGGGGCGUUCUCUGGAGGGCUGCCGGUGCAGGCCGCAGUGACAGGGCCGCUCGCCCCUGCGCUCCCCCCUUAUCUCCCGGUGCAGCGUCUGCUCUCGGCCUCCGCGUUCUGCAGGCCCAACAUGGCGCAGGAGGUGUCGGAGUACCUGAGCCAGAACCCGCGGGUGGCCGCCUGGGUGGAGGCUCUCCGCUGCGAGGGCGAGACUGACAAACACUGGCGCCACCGCCGGGAGUUUUUGCUCCGCAACGCCGGGGACCUGGCCCCCAUUGGCGGCGCUGCCUCGGCUAACACGGAUGAAGCUGCUGACGGCGAGAGCGGGACCCGCAAUCGACAGCUGCAGCAGCUCAUCUCGUUUUCCAUGGCGUGGGCAAACCACGUCUUCCUCGGGUGCCGAUAUCCUCAAAAAGUUAUGGAUAAAAUACUUAGUAUGGCUGAAGGCAUCAAAGUGACAGAUGCUCCAAUCCAUACAACAAGAGACGAACUGGUUGCCAAGGUGAAGAAAAGAGGGAUAUCGAGUAGCAAUGAAGGGGUAGAAGAACCAUCUAAAAAACGAGCCUUAGAAGGAAAGAACAAUUCUGCAGUUGAGCAAGAUCAUGCAAAAAUUUCUGCCAAGACAGAACGUGCAUCAGCUCAGCAGAACAGCUCAACAUGUAUGGGGUCAUCCACCAAAUCAGAGAGUAGUGGAAACUCAACUCGGAGCUCUGGCAUCUCCAGUCAGAAUAGCUCUACAAGUGAUGGAGACCCAUCCGUUUCCAGCCAAAGCAGCAGCAGCAUUUCCUCUCAGGUAACAACAGCUGGAUCUGGAAAAGCUUCUGAAUCAGAAGCUCCAGACAAACAUGGCUCAGCAUCAUUUGUUUCUUCAUUGCUGAAGUCCAGUGUGAAUAGUCACAUGACCCAAUCCACUGAUUCCAGACAACAAAGUGGAUCACCCAAAAAGAGUGCUUUGGAAGGCUCUUCAGUAGCAGCUUCUCAAAGUAGCUCAGAGAUUGAGGUGCCCUUGUUGGGUUCCUCAGGAAGCUCAGAAGUAGAGUUGCCAUUGUUGUCUUCUAAACCUAGUUUAGAGACAGCUCCAAGUGGGUUACUUUCUAAAACUAGUUCAGAGGCAGGUGUUUCAUCAUCAGUGUCUAAAAACAGUUCCUCAUCAGGCACAUCCUUACUGACUCCCAAGAGCAGCUCCUCAACAAAUACAUCACUGUUACCUUCCAAAAGCACUUCCCAGGUAGCUGCAUCACUAUUAGCUUCCAAGAGCAGCUCCCAGACCAGUGGAUCUCUGGUUUCCAAAAGCACUUCCUUAGCAAGUGUGUCCCAGUUGGCUUCUAAGAGUAGUUCUCAGACUAGCACCUCACAGUUGCCUUCUAAAAGUACUUCACAGUCAAGUGAGAGUUCUGUCAAAUUCUCUUGUUGCAAGUUAACCAAUGAAGAUGUGAAACAGAAGCAACCUUUCUUCAAUAGACUGUAUAAAACAGUGGCAUGGAAGUUGGUAGCUGUUGGUGGCUUUAGUCCCAAUGUGAAUCAUGGAGAGCUGCUAAACGCAGCCAUCGAGGCUUUGAAAGCAACACUGGAUGUGUUUUUUGUCCCACUAAAAGAACUGGCAGAUCUGCCUCAAAAUAAGAGCUCUCAAGAAAGUAUUGUUUGUGAAUUGAGGUGCAAGUCUGUGUAUUUGGGUACUGGCUGUGGAAAAAGCAAAGAAAAUGCAAAAGCAGUUGCAUCAAGAGAAGCAUUAAAGUUAUUUCUCAAGAAAAAGGUGGUGGUAAAAAUAUGUAAAAGGAAAUACAGAGGCAGUGAAAUAGAAGAUCUAGUUCUCCUUGAUGAAGAAUCAAGGCCUGUAAACUUACCUCCAGCAUUAAAACAUCCUCAAGAGUUACUAUAAUAUGUCCAAAAUAGCACUGCUUACUGUAUCUAGUAUUUGAAGAGAAAAACUGGCUUACUUUUGUACAGUAUAAAACACAGGCUUUCACAAAUUUUGUAUUGCUUUUUUCCAGUUUUGCAGAAAAUUUACAUUCUGGUUCUCUUCACAGUAGAAAUUGUAAAUAAUUUAUGAUGACAGUACACAUUAAAAGGUGUGCAUUAACAGCAUACCAGUAUGCUGUUUUAUUUGCUGAAGAAAAUACUGUCUUCUAUUUUUAAUGAUACAUUAGGUACGAUGUGUAGUCCUGUAGUCUUAAAAUUUUUGUACUACUUUCAGUUUGGUGAAAAUGUAUUAAGUUGUCUACAAUAGUUUUUUUCCUAGCUGAAUAAAACCACAUCAAAGAAAAGGGACCACAGUAUUUGAAUGUCUGAAAGUCUGUGAAGCCUAAGGUUUUAAAAAUGUUGCCCAUAAUGUUGAACAUGUCUGUUAAAAAAUAAAAGAAAAAAUAGUUGCCUCAGACUAUUUUUAUGAGAAGUUGUAAGCAUUUUUUAGAUAUAAAGCAGUAUAAAGUACUUAAUUGUUAUUUUAUUCUGAAGUUGUUAAAAAUUCACCAUGAUUUUGACUGCUGCAGAUUCUUUGGGUUAAUUUAUGUUUUCAGUGGAAUACAAUUUACACUUUUUCUUAAGGGACAUAAAUGUGGGUUUCUAUACUAAGCAUAUUUUGUGACUACUAUUAACAGAUUGAUUUGUUUAGAUAUUAAAUGCUUUAAGCUAUUUUACCUUU